AUGCAACAAAUUUAUCUGCUUGCUACGGUUGGUGCUCUUGCAGCACUAGCAAUUGUCGUCCAUGCUCAGACCACGCCCCUUUUCCCGGUGGCAUGCGAACUGAACGUUCUAAUUGUUUUGGAUAGAUCAGAUUCUGUGAAGGGUGGAUUCAAUAAAAGUAGAAAAUUCGUGACAGAUGUCUCGGAAGAACUUCAAAUCGGACCAGAGAAACAUCGAGUCGCUAUGAUCGUUUAUUCUGGAUUGAGCUAUCGACGAGAAGUUUUUCCAUGGAAUUUCGCAAAGUCUAAUGAAGAAUUCGUGCAGAAAACGAAUGCGUUGAGAGCUAUUGGAGGAACAACUAACACUAAAAAGGCGCUGGAAGUUGGACUAGAAUUGAUGGCCCAGAGGAAUGUAUCUAUUCCAACACUUGUUAUGGUUGUCACUGAUGGAAGAAGUGCUGAUGACCCGAAGGGACCUGGAAAACUUCUUCAAGCUCAACCCAAUACUUGGGUAUUCGCUGCAGCGACUGGGGAUCCAGAGAGUGUUGAUACACGAGAACUGAUGGAUAUCACUGGAAAUAUCAACCACAUUGUAAUGCACAGAGGAAGAGAUUUGGCUACUGAUAUCACGAGAAGACUUUUGAGAGAAGCACAGGAUAAGUGUAGAACUACCACGACUACUACCACGACUACCACGACAACAACCACCACAACAACCACUACUACCAAUCCAAUCACAGGAUGUGAACUCGACCUUGUCCUUGUUCUUGAUUUCUCCACAACCACUGAUCCAGUCUACAAUUCUUACAAAGAUCUCAGCAAACGACUGGUGUCUCAAUUGAAGAUUGGACCACAUUAUACACAGGUCGCCGCAGUCACAUUCGCCACUGUCGGAAGAACCCGAGUGAGAUUCAAUUUGAAGAAAUACACGACUCAAGAAGAAGUUUUGAGAGGAAUUGAUAAGUUGCAAUCGAAGGGAGGAACUACUGCUAUUGGCGCCGGUAUCGAGAAAGCCCUAACCCAAAUCGACGAAUCCGAGGGAGCCCGUCCUGGAAUCGCAACGAAAGUGAUGAUUGUCUUCACAGAUGGAUGGAGUAACAAGGGACCAGACCCAGAGAAACGGGCAAAAGAUGCAGUCAAUGCCGGUUUUGAAAUGUAUACAGUCGCCUAUACAGCUCGAGCCCCCAACUCGGUGACAUUGAACAAUGAAACUCUGUCAGCUAUAUCUGGAAGCAGAGGGCACGCAUUUACAGAUGUAACAUUUCAAUCAUUAGUGGACAAAGUCAAGCAACGAAACUUGCCAUGUAUGCCAUAA